UCCCACUCAAGGUAACUUACCAUGAUGUAAAAAAAUGUUUGAUCCAACCUCGUAGUUUCUCCUCCCGUUCAACAAAAUGCAAUUAUUUUUAAAAAGGAUGUAGGGGCCACAGCAUCAACAGUCAGCCCACAUGUUGUAUCAGCGGACUAGGUUCGUACCGCGCACUUCCACAAAUCCCCCUCGCCCGCAGCCCUUUUUUUACGUAAAUACAAUGGGCUAUGUAGGAAAACCAUAGCCUUGUGCACACGAAUGUCUGCUCGAGCAAGUUUAGAAUAACAUGCGUGCGUGGAUGAAAAAAAUGAGAUUGAGAAACUGAUUCCCCUACUUGUCGCAGUCGUUAUACACGUUAUUAAAAACCUACGCAGAUUGAGAGGAGAGUAGGUGGUUGCGGUGGCACUAAUUUUUCAUGCUGAGUGAAAUCUGGGAUGACACUUUACAAAUUUGUUAAUGGGCAUGGAGAGACUUUCCGGUUUUACACAUUCCGAAUGCAGUUUCAUUUCCUUUCCUCAAUUUACAUUUUGAUGAAUAAAAUCAUGGAUUUAAUUUUAUCCAAAAUAUAAAAUUAGUCAACAUUUGCAUCUGUGAAUAAGAAAACUUCAGCAUUGACGUUCCAUUCAGAUUUUUUUUCACAGUUUAUUCACAGAGAGAAAAAAUAAUUAAAAAUUACGUGACAGUUCCGUAAUUUUCCAAUCAAAACAGUAUUCAGUAAAAAUUACGGAAGUGUUGGAUAUUUUUUCACCGAACGUUCCACACUUUUUCCGGAAAUUUCUCUGAAAAAUUGCCUAACUAUUCCGUAAUUUUUAGUAAAUAUUAUUUUGAAUGGCAGAUUACGGAACAGACACGGAAUUUUUCAAGAAUUUUCGUCUCUGUACGUCAGAAAUGAAAUAAAAUGGAAAUGUCAUUCAAUUUCAUUUUUCUAUCGGAGAAGGCGUUAACCUUCUGGGCGGAAAUAUUCAUGCAAGUAGGAUACAUCCUGCAGAGCAGCAGAGAUUGAAUGAAACCGAGUACAAGAAGGAUGAAAAUUUGAGAAAUAAACUAAAAUGCAAUGGGACACCCGUUGCCCACGUGUGCACGUAUGUCUUCCCAUGACAUCAGACCGGCCGUAUUUGAUCAUAAAAGUUUCAACAUGUGUGUUCACUAGCUCUUUACGUUUUUCUCCAUUUUAGGAUGGCGCAUAUGCGACACCUCCUUCUGCGUUUUACGCCUCUUUACUAUUAUUCCUUGGGGUCAAUGGUUUGUUUGCUCUGUUCUCUGUUCUCUUGUCUACCGAGUUUACGGCUCCUAUAGAAUCUUCUUUCCGAAUUUGUUCUUGGUAUUAAAUCAAACAAAUAUCAAUAAGACUUGUCGCAUUGUCUAGCUCGAGACGAUUACGACGAGGUUUACACACGCAGAUACGUAUUCCGAAAAAAUUAUGGAGAAGGACCCUAAUUUGCAAGCGAGGAUAAAGAUCCGGUGAUAAUUACUCUUCCCCAACAAUCAAGGGUCCUCCACGAGUGCGUAAAAGUUCAGUAAUGUUUGAAGUGAAACUUCUCUGCGCUUGUUGGGCUGUAAUUCCAAUAUCGUAUGUAACGAAAAAGCGACAGGAAAAGGGAGGGGAUGGCGCGCGUGGUGGCGCAGUCGGACGGAAAGAGACAUGGGAGCGAAACGAAAAUGCGAUAGAUUCGGAGUAGGAACAUGGCUCAUUUUGUUAAUAUGAUGAACAAUACUAAUAAAACCUUUUUAUUGAUAUCGGAAUAGUUCACUGGGAAUUACCAAUCCAGUGGCAUCAAAUGCUUUUUACACAGUUGAAAAUCAUGAAAUCUCCGGUCUAACUUAUCCUUCAGUAAAAUUCCCGAAUUUUAAGCGGUACCAAAAUGAGAAUUUCUUAAUUUAUUUAAAUAUGUACUCUAAUAUGAAUAUUGGAGAUCAAUUUCGUUGAUUUUUCAAUGAAAUCGUAAAUUUUCUGAUUUUUUGUCCUAAAUGGCCUUCGGUGUCACUGUUCCCCGAAUUCAAAAAUGCAUUGACAGCAAUUUCCUUGUUUUCUGUUAAUUUUCAGGGAAUAUGGAACAGAAAUUGACUAUUCUAUUUGGUUUCUCCACGAGAUUUCCCCGAAUUUUCAAUGACAAAAUGUUUUGAAAUCUUCCUGUGUGGCUCAAUAAAAAUUUCCGAAAAUUAUCAUAAAAAAUUGAGAUCAAAUUUUUUACCAGUCUAAGAAGUUUCACUUGUGUCGUGCAUACAUUUCAUGCACAUAUUUUUUUAAAUUUAUUCCUCUUCGUAUAAAUGACGGUGGAUUCAAAUAAAAUUCUCUUGACAAAGCUAAUUUUUUCUGUCAGUAUAUAUCGUGUCCAAGGCUGACGACGCGAGGUGGACAGUCUAUUGAUUGUACUUGGUUAUAAGAUAAGUAUACAGUGCUUUUAAUCGCAAUUACACUGGUCUCAUCCAAGUCAAUUUAUUUGCAAUAAUGUUGAUGGACUGCACUGAUGAAUACCCCAAUGUUUAUAUACGAGUUGCAUAUUCGUUAAUUCCUGGUGAAUUUAUCACUUAGUUUUCAGAAUUAUUUUCACUCAAUCGGUGAUGAUUCCCGGACGAUGACUCGACAAUUUAUGGUACACAAAACAUGGAAAAGAGGGAAUAUGAAGUAGCGAGUACAUAAGGCGGAGCUGCCGAUGACGCGAUCAAUUGGCGGGGAGGAUGCGAUUUGCGAGCGCCAGACGGGCGAGCAAACUUCCUUGCAGACAUUCCGAGUAAAGAACAAUGAAUAUUGAGAGGAAAAAAUGUUGACUCGAGGACUGUGACCAGCAAGUUGCUCAUUCAGCUGUUGUGUAUCCCCGGGAAUUCUUCAAUGUGUGCCACGAGUUUCUUUCAAGAGGCUUUUGUACGGGAUGACAACAAUCUUGACAUGCAUGAUUCUUACUCUAUCCAGCGUUAAGUCUUCCUGAAGGAACGAAGGGCAUUUUUCACAUCGAGAUGCUGGAGUACUGGAUGGCGAUCAACGAAACCGAGACAAACGAGAGUGUCUUUGAACUCAACGAGGUCCUGGAAGAUCCCGGCUCAGUAGCUCUCUUCGACGGUUAUCCACCCUGGCUCCUCUACUUUGCUGCUGGCUGCUGUCUACUCUUCAUGUUCAUUGGUAUACCCGGCAAUCUCAUCACUGUGGCUGCUCUCUUUCGCACUAAGAAGUUAAGAAAUGCAACGGCCGUAUUCAUCAUGAACCUCUCGAUCUCCGACCUGAUGUUCUGCUGCUUCAAUCUGCCAUUAGCAACAUCAACCUUCUGGCACAGCUCCUGGCAGCACGGCGCCCUUCUCUGCCGUCUAUUUCCCCUGCUCCGAUACGGUCUACUGGCUGUCAGCCUCUUCACCGUCCUCGCCAUAACGAUAAAUCGAUACGUCAUGAUCGGCCACCCCCGCCUCUAUCCCAAAUUGUACAAACCCAGGUAUCUGAUCUUGAUGGUACUCGCCACAUGGAUAUCCGGGUUUGGGGCACUCAUUGCAACGUGGUUCGAGCACUGGGGUCGCUUUGGCCUGGACCCAGUUAUUGGCUCCUGCACGAUAGUACCAGAUGUUAACGGACGCUCCCCAAAAGAAUUUCUAUUCAUACUGGCAUUUCUCACACCCUGCAUUGCCAUUGUCGUCUGCUACGCUAGGAUUUUUUAUAUUGUGAGAAAAACUGCACAGAAAAGUAGAAGGAGAGAGAAGGCCACCACUAAUCUUGUCAAGGCAAGUCUCGAGGUAAAAUUCACAAAAAAUUUUGAAGACUCCGCAUUGGGCUCUAGCUGCGGUCCCACUGCCACAUCGACGACAGAGAAUGGUGGUUCACCCACAAAAACCGAUCGGUCCAACCCCCAUUACAUAAUCACCCCGCAAUCUAGUCUUCUCCCCGAAAACAUGCCGAUCCCCUCCUCCCCGCCAUUGGAAAAAAUAACCGAAAAUAAUGAGGAUUGCUCCUCCAUGGAUCCCAACUGCUGCAUUGAAAACGACCUCUGCAGCACCUCUUCCAACUCCAACUCCAGUUCAAACUCACCAAGAACUAUUCAGGAUCCAUUCCCCGAGUCUCUCAAGGAAAAUGGAACCGCAAACCCCAAUGCAUCGAGAAUAUAUCCGGUAAUUCCGAACUUCAGCAUCUCGGAUGUGGAUAAAGUGGAGGAAAAGUCGGAGGAGCAACAGAUUCUAUCCACGAAGAUGUUGGAGAGCGAUAUUCAGUGUCUCCAGGUACCGAAUCGCAUUCAGAAAGAUGAGACGUCUUCUGAGAGCCCGUCGAGACCUCAAUCCUCCUCAUCGAGAUACGAUCCUUCAGAAAUAUCAGAGGAAUUUCCAUCGUCGAGAUCGGAUUCACCUACUGACAAGCGUCAAAAGAAGAACAGCCUAUUUCGAAGAGAAUCCCGAUUUCGGAGUAUGAAAAAUCGAGGGCUGGAGUCUGGAAAAAUGACUGCAAAGGACAAAAAACUUCUGAAAAUGAUUCUGGUUAUCUUUUCCUCAUUCUUGAUCUGUUACUUACCGAUCACGAUAUCCAAGACAUUCAAGGAUAUCAUCGACUGGCGUGGACUUAACAUAGCUGGUUACAUUCUUAUCUAUUUGACUACUUGCAUAAAUCCAGUGAUCUAUGUCGUAAUGAGUUCUGAGUACAGAAGUGCUUACAAAAACGUUCUUCUCUGUCGAAGUGACUCCUUCGAUGGGAGAAAACGUGCCAAUUGA